AUGGCGCAUCCAUUUUCUAAUCUCUGUUUGAGGAAAUUCUUCGGCUCUGAUGCAGAUGAACCCAAAGUUCAACCGGCUGUUGCAGAUCUUGAGAUUCCGCUUUCAAAUGCAAGCACUCGAGAUUUGGAGGAAGGAAUCAAUGACCCAGACAACACGGAUGGAAACGUUCCCAGAGCAGAUGGAGGUAAAGAUGCUUGGCUGUUCUUAGCUGCAUGCUUUUUAUUCGAAGCAUUAAUCUGGGGAUUUCCGUUCGCUUUUGGAGUUUUCCAGACGUACUACUCUACUCACCCGCCCUUCGAUAAACAUGCAAACGAUAUAGCUAUUACAGGAACUUGUGCUACUGGAAUCAUGUAUCUUUUUGCACCCAUUUCCCUCUACGUUCUGGAGACGUUCCCGCCAACUCGCAGGCUAUCUUCAAUAUUGGGACUUGUUAUUGUAGUGAUAGCCCUAGUUGCAGCUAGUUUCGCUACAGAAGUUUGGCACCUCAUUGCUACUCAAGGAUUUCUAUAUGCUAUUGGGGGCAGCCUUUUGUACUCUCCAACAAUGUUCUAUCUCGAUCAAUGGUUCGUCAAGCGAAAGGGUCUCGCACUUGGUGUUAUGUGGUCAGGUGUGGGAACUUCAGGUCUCAUCUUCCCAUUUCUCCUGUCAUAUCUUGUCGAUCGAUGCGGAUUCCGCGGUACUCUUCGGAUUUGGGCUGCUAUCUUGUUCCUACUUUGUUGCCCAUUGAUCUAUUAUAUCAAACCCAGGAUUCCAACGAAGUUCUCUAGCCAACAACCAUCAAAACCAAGCUACACAUUCCUUAGGUCACCCAUAUUCUGGUUUCUGCAGAUAGCAAAUGUCUUGUCCUCACUUGGGUUCUUCGCACCUUCCAUUUAUCUUUCGUCGUAUAGCGCUUCGCUUUCAUUCUCUCCCGUGCUUGGAACUUCACUCAUCGCACUCCUGAAUUUCUUUUCCGUGAUCGGAGCCAUUUCACUAGGCCAUCUUUCGGAUGUCAGGCAUAUAACCACCGUCGUACUUCUCUCAUCUACUCUAUCUACUCUAUCUGUAUUUAUGCUAUGGGGCAUUUCAACCUCCCUUCCAUCUCUAAUUAUAUUUACCAUUAUCUAUGGAACUUUUGCAGGAGGGUGGAGUGCUAUCUGGGCAGGAAUGAUACGAGAGGUCCAACGCGCAGAUAGCAGCGCUGGUUUUGGUGUAUUGAUGGGUCUUUUUAGCGCAGGAAGAGGAGUGGGAAGCGUAGCAUGUGGACCAGUUACUGAAUGGCUCGUUCAGUAUGGAGGGCUUGGGAGUUUGGGAGGCGGUUAUGGCACUGAUUAUGGAGCGGUGAUAGUAUUCACCGGAGUAAGUGCUGCCUGCGGAUUGAUAGGGGUAGCUGCAAGGUUUUGGAAAGUGGAAAGAGCUUGA